UGAGCUGAAAAUCAUGUAGAUAAGAGAGGUGGCCCCGGAGGGUAUGUAUUGAGUCUGUUGAAGUUCAUUGUCUACUCCGGUCUGCAGUCCGAUCUACAAUCUUGACUAUAUCCAGGUUACACAGUACACAAGACAAGAUGUAUACUGGACAGAAGAUGAUGGCACCUGUCAGCAUCCCCAGUCAAGUCCCACUGGAGAUCCUGCUCCUCCUCUUCGGUCUCUGCAGACCAGUCGAGCAAUACAUGCUCCUCUUCUCCGCCCCCGAGCUCAUCCAUCGACUAUCCUCCAAGCAGCUCAUGACGCGAGAAGCCAACGGGGAUACUCUUCUGCACAUCCUGGCCAAAGACCAAGGUCCAUCGCGACAACUCGCGCGAGCUCUCUUCAGCAAGAAAGACCUCGACGUCAAUGUGCAGAACAAUAACUGGAAGAUCCCCUUAGUAUGCGCAGCCCAAUACGGCAACCACUGGCUCGUCAAGCUGCUACUCGAGCGGGGCGAUUUCAACAGCUACAUGCUGGACUACUUCUACUUUACACCGCUGGUGUGGGCAGCCAAGAAGCAGGACGAGGGAUUAGUGAAGAUCUUGCUGGCGAAUAGGAAUGUUCGGCCAAAUGAAGUGGAUAUUUUCCGGCGAACAGCAUUGUCGUAUGCAGCAGAGUAUCGGAAUGAGGCGAUUGUGCGGUUGCUGCUCGCGGAUGAGGAUGUUGAUGCGGAGUGGAGUGAUGAGACGGCGAGAUCACCGCUGUCUUAUGCGGCAGAGGCUGGGAGUAAGAGGAUUGUGGAGUUGCUGUUGGAUCGCGAGGAGGUGAAUGCGCAUUCGGUGGAUUCGUUUAUGAAGACGCCAUUUGUGUGGGCGGCAGAGUAUGGACAUUUGGAGAUAAUGAUGAGGUUGGAGGAGUGUGAGUAUUGAUGAAAUAUUCCUGUUCAAUUCGAUCUUCACAUAUAGUACUACGUACUUGUAAGUAGUUGAUGAUGCUAUGACUGAAUGAUAUGCAAGCACACC